AGCUUAGCAGUUGUGAAGGUAAAUAGUUGCAAUGGCCGAGACUCUGACCCUGCGCGCUACCCUGAAGGGCCACACCAACUGGGUGACGGCCAUCGCCACGCCUCUGGACCCCUCGUCCAACACGCUUCUGUCGGCCUCUCGCGACAAGACCGUGCUUGUGUGGGAGCUGGAGCGCUCUGAGUCGAACUAUGGCUACGCGAAGAAGGCUCUGCGUGGGCACAGCCACUUCGUUCAGGACGUUGUUAUCUCGUCUGACGGUCAGUUCUGCCUGACCGGCUCGUGGGAUGGCACCCUCCGCCUGUGGGAUCUCAACACCGGUACCACCACUCGCCGGUUCGUCGGCCACACCAAGGAUGUCCUGUCCGUGGCCUUCUCGGCGGAUAACCGCCAGAUUGUGUCGGGUGCCCGUGACAAGACCAUCAAGCUCUGGAACACCCUGGGCGAGUGCAAGUACACGAUUGGCGAGCCAGAGGGCCACACGGAGUGGGUCUCUUGCGUGCGCUUCUCGCCUACGACCGUCAACCCUAUCAUUGUAUCCGGUGGUUGGGACAAGAUGGUUAAGGUGUGGAACCUGACCAACUGCAAGCUGAAGAACAACCUGGUCGGCCACACGGGCUACGUCAACACCGUGACCGUUUCCCCCGAUGGCUCGCUGUGCGCGUCUGGCGGCAAGGACGGCGUUGCCAUGCUGUGGGACCUGGCUGAGGGCAAGCGCCUUUACAGCCUGGAUGCUGGCGAUGUUAUCCACUGCCUGUGCUUCUCGCCAAACCGCUACUGGCUGUGCGCUGCCACCCAGUCGACCAUUAAAAUCUGGGACCUGGAGAGCAAGAGCGUCGUCGACGACCUCAAGGUGGAGUUCAACAUCACCAGCAAGAAAGCUCAGGUUCCCUACUGCGUGUCGCUGGCCUGGUCGGCUGAUGGCUCGACCCUGUACUCGGGCUACACCGACGGCCAGAUCCGUGUCUGGGCUGUGAGCCACUCGAUCUAAGCGGACGGUCCUGGCUGCCAGAGACGAAUGUAAACGUUUUGUACAGCCGCUUGUGCAGGGGGCGUUUGAGCUGCCGCUACAUGCCCUAAGCGUUGACAUUCGGCACUGUAACCCCUGGCUGGGUAUCUGUCUCGUAACUCUCCCAAUUGAGCAUGC